UUUUAUUUCAUAUAGUCGGACUUUCUAAAAGGUCAGGGCUUAAGUUUAUGUCAUGGUUGUUACAGCAACGACCUUGGAACGAUUUCGAACUAGGGUUUCUUGUUUCGCUAAAAUUAUUAGUUAUGCCACCAAAAAAGAAUUCAAAAAGCGAUACAGCAAUAGUGAGAUCAAUGACUGAAAUGAUUAAAGACUAUGAACAUCGAGUUGAGCAUUAUGAAACAACAGUAUGUAAUUCAAUUAGAAAGUGUUUUAAAAAAGCUUUGGAAGAAGAUCGUCCUGUGACAAGAUUUUUAGUUGAUCCACAAGAUCGUCGUAUAGUUGAAUAUUGGGACGAUGACAGACUGAUUGAAGCUCUUAAAGAAGACACCGAUGAAGGUGUAACUAUCAAGAAGAAGAAAGUUAGAAGUAAACCAGUGAAAGAAGACAAACCAUUAGUUAAACUGUUACCGUUAAUUGAAUCUAUACGUGCAAGACGAUAUACACUGAUACAAGAAUUAUUUGUAUGGGACUGUCAUGUUGAAAAUGAUGACAUGGUAGCAUUGAGUGGACUGUUGAUUAAAGGAUGUUAUGCUAUUACGCGUCUUGAACUAAUCGACUGUUUUCUAGACGCCAAGAGUAUUGGUACACUAGUCGCUAAUACUGCAGUUUCCAAGUCAUUACGUGAAUUAUGCUUAGAUUUUAACGAGAUUGGUGAAAGUGGUUGUCGUGUAAUGUGUAAUGGUUUAGCCAAAAGUCGUUUUCUUGUUCAUCUAAGUUUGUGUUUCUGUGGCCUUACAAAACAGUGCGGUUUAUGGCUUGGAAAUCUAGUCGCAGAAACUGCAAUCAGGGAACUUAUUUUAGACGGUAAUUAUCUAGAAGCUGAAGGUACAAUAGCUCUACUUAGUCGACUGUCGGAUGCUGCAGACAAAGAAGGAUUUGAACGUGCUGAAGAAAUAAGGAAAAAGCAAUUAGCUGUAGAGGAGGCUAAAAAACGAAACAGGAUCAAUUUAGACGCAUUGCCUCCAGCCGAAGGAGAACCAGAUGAAAAUACUGAGCCACCUGCCCAGCCUCCGUCUUCACCCCCAACACCAUCAAGUAAGACAAACUCGGCAAAAAGUUCUAAAAAGAAAAAGAAAAAGUCAUCUAAAUUUUAGGCUGUAUGUGAUUGGCGGCCUGUUCGAAUAUUUGGGCCUGCUACCAAAAUAUCUACAUUUUGCAUCCAGUUUACUGUUUACCAGCAUACAUUUAUCAACUUAAUAUGAAUUCUAACAGAAUCAUUUACUCUCGUAACUUUAUUAAUGAUUUACGACCAAAUGACUUUCAUAUUCCAAAGAAACCAAGAAGGAAACAUCGUAGUGGUUGGCAGAGAGCUCUCAAACGUACACCAAUACACUUAACUACGGUCCCCGUCAUAAUGAACUCAAACUGUCGCUCUCUGCCAAAUAAGAUAAUGUACCUACAAUCCCUGAUGUCAACUGAUACGUAUCAUAACACCGCCAUAAUCGCAUUACAAGAAACGUGGUUGCAUGAACUGUAUGAUGACAACC